UCUUUAAUUAUGGCGUUUGUCAUAUUUCCGGAAUUUAAAUUUAAAAAAUUUUACCGCGAAAAUUAAUGUGCAUGUAUUUGUAUCAUUUGUUUUUUCUAUCUCGUGAAGUUGAUUACAGUACACGAAAUCUGUGAUGUUCCAUUUCGAGCGAAAUUAAUUGGUCAAAAUGGUUAAGUAAAAACAGUUUGUCAAAAUACACUACCGACAUAAUACACGUUCUACGAGUUUGUAUUUUUGAAAAUGCGAAUCAGGACGCAAGAACGAAAACAUGACAUCUGUAGAAACUAUUUAAAAAUGACAUUGUCAAAAAGUUAUUAACUUCUAAUCUUCAUGACAGAGAUGAUAGGAUGUCAUUGGGGGAUCAUCAGAUCUGAUGACCGAUUUGAGUCAAACUGCAUCUGAGGAGGCUGUUUUAUUCCAACGCGGUUACAAGUUUUUGAAAAAGCUGGGCGAAGGUUCCUAUGCGAAGGUAUAUCUAUCAGAGUAUAAGUCAGAUUCAGAACCAGACAAAAACAAGAGACUGGCUUGCAAGGUGAUAGACACCAAUAAAGCACCGAAAGAUUUUGUCAGGAAGUUCCUGCCACGAGAGCUUGAUAUUCUGGUGAAAGUAAACCAUCCCCAUGUAGUGCAUGUGCACAGUAUAUUCCAAAGACGAGCCAAAUAUUUUAUGUUUAUGCGAUACGCUGAGAAUGGAGAUCUUCUUGAGUUCAUACUGAAGAAUGGUGCAGUUCAGGAAGGCCAAGCUCGUGUGUGGUUUAGACAACUUUCACUCGCUCUCCAAUAUCUACAUGAAAUGGAGAUAGCUCACCGCGAUGUCAAGUGUGAGAAUGUUCUUCUCACAUCAAAUUAUAAUCUGAAGCUUGCCGAUUUUGGUUUCGCACGUUACGUGAUCGAUGAUCGGGGAAAACAGGUCCUCAGUGACACUUAUUGCGGUUCUCUAUCCUAUAUUGCCCCAGAAAUCCUUCGGGGUUCUCCGUACAGCCCAAAGAUGUCUGAUAUCUGGUCUCUGGGCGUUAUUUUGUAUAUCUUACUGAACAAAGCAAUGCCGUUCGAUGACACCGAUAUCAAACGUCUGUAUGUGCAACAGAGGAAUCGCAAGUGGAAAUUCCGUACGAAAGUCGUAUCACUGUUGAGCGAGCAGGUGAAGAAGCUGGUCAGCGCUAUUCUGGAACCUGAUCCGGUGAAACGUUUAAGACUGGAUCAGAUCAUUAGUUGCGAAUGGAUCGCCAUGGAUCCUAGACUCUUGACACUCACUCCUGCUGAACAAAUUGCAUUGACCAGCGCGCAGGAAGAAAGAAAGAAAAUGGAAGAAAAGUUCUUCAGGAGAGAUCCUAAAAUUUUCAAAGUGGAGGAGAAGACCAAGAUAGAAACGCAACAGCCUAGUAAAGGGAAACAAGAUGUUACUGUUAUAAAGAAAGCUGGAAACGUGGUAUUGUCUUCUAUAGCAAGCGGACCUUUCUUAAGUAAUGUCUGAGAAAUAAAGAAACGUUAUUGUUCUACCGUUAGCAAUAAUUUAUUAAUACAAUGGAUAAA